AUGGAAUCUGAAAACAUGGAGUCUGAAAAUACAGAAACUGAAAACAUGGAAACUGAAAAUGUAGUAUCUGAAAAUAUGGAAAUUGAUACUGUUUCUUCUGUUUCUGCUCUACAAGCCCUCUCUAAGUUAUUUUACCCUGAAGAAGAAGAAGCUGAUUUUGAAUUUGAACAGUCAAAUUGUUCAUCUACUCUUGGAGCCAUGGGUCCUGGGAAUAUUGGGCCACCAAAAACAGAAGCAGCCGCAAUCUUCCCUCAAAUCAGUGAGGAAAAUAGCAAGAACAUCUGGAAUUCAGAAGAGGUUCCAGAAAGAGCAGAGUAUGAUGACAUGUGGGACGUUAGAGAAAUCCCCGAGUAUGAGAUUAUAUUCAAACAACAGGUGGGAACUGAAGAUAUUUUCCUAGGAUUGAGCAGAAAGGACUCUUCUAUAGCAUGUUGUGAGGAUAUUGUGGUUAAAAUUUAUCUACCAAAUACAAGCCUUUCUGAUAUUAAAAUGGAUGUCCAGGAAAUGAUUCUUGACCUGCGUACUCCUAAGAAGAAGCUGUUGCUAACCCUUCCUUAUCCUGUUGAAUGCAACAAUGCCAAAGCUGUCUAUAUUCUAGAAUCUGGGACUCUCGAAGUCACCAUGCCUAUUAAAAGAGAGUUUGAUCUUAUUAAUUUCUUCUGA